AAAAAAAAAAUGAAUGUUAAAUUUUUCCAUAGAAGAAUAUGGGAACUGGAAGUGCUGAAAAUGUGUGGUACAUUUGCUUCUGAAUGUAUCUCUCGAUUGAAUCUAUCUAAUUGUCUUCUCUGUGGAUAAUGGGUUCGUCGGUUUAUAAUUAUGUACUUCAUUUAUUCACUGACCGCAUGUCUGAUUUAUGAGAAUGAGGGUUUUUUGGAAUGCUAAAUACGGAGGUCAGCAUCGGCUGCGCGUGCUUCACUUGUAUAGGAUAGGCCUGAGGGCAUCUUCAAAGUUGCCGGACAUAGACUUACGACGACUUGCCAAAGAUAUUUUUAUUGGAAAAUUCCGCAAGGCUCGAAGCGUCCAUCAUCCGAAAAAAGCGGGUUCGCUUUAUCGACUAGGUUGCGAAUAUGUGAAUAAAUUUCAGAAAACUAUUCGCGGUACAUUUCCAACGGAGCAGCUACGAAAGGAACUACAGCAUAGGUUUUCAGAGUACUUACUAUGUACAAAGCAAGGCGGUUUAGAUGUUACAAAAUUUCAGAAACGGGGUUUGCGUAAAACGCCUUUGACUGAAGAACGAGUGUUAGAAAUUCAAUCAAAGGCUGGAAACCGAUUGAUGUUUGAUUUUGUCCAUACGUCAAGUUAUGCGACAUUUCUUCGGCCAAAGUAUGCAAAGCAAAGUACGAGAUUGUCUAUGUCCCUAAAGUCAAAGAUUAGAAAGACACAGGAAAUGCGUGACAGUCUAGACAGUCUAACCCAGCUACUGUAUCACGCGAAAUGGGAAGAUGCCUUCGAGAGCAGUCUGUUUCAGAAACGCUGCACAGAAGAACCGACUUGGUCGAAAGAGAUAAGUGCUUCCCUGGUUUUUAUUCAAUACAAUUUAAUUGUGGAAAGAAAGAAACAAACAAGAACUUGGAUUCAGAAGCGGGAUAUUUAUGAAAAGUUGGUUUCAAUGGUUCAUCGCGACUGUUAAUAAAAAAAUGAGAGGAAGCAGUCUAUACUUGGCUUCCAUUAUUGUAGUAGUAACCAGAUAAUGAAUGUUGAAUAAAUUUCAUGAAGGGGCCAUUAAUAUCAUAAAAAAGAAAGAACAGAAAGGGGUUCCAAA